GUCUUUAAUCGAACUCAAUUCUGGUAUCUCUACGCCAUUAGAAUCCACACUAUCAGAGUCAGAAACUAACUGCGACUUAACUUAUAAAAAAGUCAAGAGAGGCGGACCUACAUUCGAUGAAGUAUGGGACUAUGUGGUUAAGGGUGAAAAAAAAGAAUUAGGAUAUUCUGAACAAGAAUAUAAAGAACUUAUUUCACAAUUCUGUUAUUUUAAUACCAAAAAAACACCAUUUGACCUUCCUUAUAUCCAAGAAUUGGAUACUUCUCAGUUGUGGUGGAGUUCUAUUAAAAAUCGAUCAUAUCAUCUUUCUGAACUUUUGACUGAAUUAGAGUUAUGUAAAAUAAUAAGAUUUGUAACAAUUGAUGAUUAUAUUAAUGAUAGUCUUGACAAUUAUAUUGUAAAUGAGAAAGAAACAAGUAAAAAUUGUGAUAUAUUUAAUGAAGACCUAGGUUUAUUAACCCAGAAUAGUUUAAUUUUAGAUGACAUUGUAAAUCUUUGGAAUCUAGUAUUUCAAGAAAAAGAAACACUAUCAUUUGAAUUAUCUAUUAAUGCUGUGAAUACUAGUGUUAAAGAUGACAUCAAUAUGAACUUUGAUCCAGAGGAUCUUGUUGAUAUUGUUUUAAAUACCAAAUUAUAG